AGCGGAUAUUUCACAUCCUCAUACUAUUCUUUUGUCUGUUUCUAGCCACACCUGGUCGAAUCAGACCUCCUCAGAUCAGUCGAGCCGUCUCCCAGCAGCAGACCGAAAUCAACGACUUCCACCGCCAGCUCGGCGAAACCAAGCAAGGCUUUAUGUGGCCUUCCGAGCAGUUAGCCCAGGAGGGCGUUCAGAAGCUGCGGGAGGCUCUGAGUAAGGAGAAAAGAGCGCGGACGGAGGAAAACAUCCGUUGGGGCAAAAAGACGCGCGAGCUGGAGGGCGAGUGCCAAAAGCUCCGCAUCUCGCUGUCCAACGCGGCGGCGUCGACGCCUGUGCGCCGUCAGGGUAACAGGCGUCCGCCCACUAUCCCCUGAUCUCUUUCAGGGGCUUGUGAGCGCCCCUUCCGGGGGAUGAUGCGCAGAGCUUCUGGAUCAUGGGGCAUUACUCAUCCUGUACGCCUGGUAGUUUCGAUGAUCGUUCGCAGUGGGUGAAGGAUUUGAUCGUUAUAACUCUCCUUGCGUCCCGUGGGGACGAGUACGCGGUGGGGUUCCCAAUUUUUGGGAACACACGGUGUGCGCUCGGAUAUAAUGAUCGAUUCCUCGGGGACGUAACAUUCCGUGUGCUGUGGUGGCAGGUCCACUUCUGAGGGACAAGCACACGAUCGUCCUCUUUUACCUCGGCGUUUUUCUGUCAAUGGAAGUUGGCCCGUGCGUGUGUCGGUGGGUUGGGCAUUUUAUGGGGUCUCCUUCUGUGGGACAGACACG